AUGGCCUAUCAACAGCAACCGAAUCUUCAGAAUAUUUUUGCUUCUGUCGAUAAAGACAGAUCAGGCCAAAUUAGUGUGAAUGAGCUCCAGCUAGCCCUUUCUAAUGGAACUUGGAACCCAUUCAACCCUGAAACUUGUCGGCUUAUGAUUGGAAUGUUUGAUUCAAAUGGAGAUGGUGCCAUAAAUUUUCAGGAGUUCCAAGCUCUUUGGCAGUAUAUCAAUGAUUGGACUAGAUGCUUUAGGGGAUUUGAUACUGACCAAAGUGGUAAUAUCGACAGGAAUGAACUUAGAAACGCUCUCACUCAAUUUGGAUAUCGUUUGUCUGAACAGUUUUACAACAUUUUAAUGAACAAGUUCGAUCGAACUCAUUCAGGACAAAUUAACUUUGAUGACUUCAUCCAGCUGUGUGUCGUUCUCCAAACGUUAACCGCUGCCUUCAGAGACAAAGAUUCAGACCGAGAUGGAGUUAUCACCAUUCAAUAUGAAGAAUUUUUAACAAUGGUGUUUAGUUUAAGAAUGUAG